CUGCAGGUGACUGUUCAGAGAAGCUCUGCAACCAAGGACAGAAAGUCCUGCAGCCAGCUCUUCAUUUCCUUGUGCAACACGGCUCUAAAAGAUGCCUAAAUAUCUGUCAGUGAACCCUUUUGAAGAAGUAAGUGUGAAGACUGAAAAUGAACAACGUCCGAACACACCGCGCUACAUACGUAAAGAGGGCACUUGUCGUGUUCUGUUUCGCCACGUCCCAGAAGAAUGGAUGCUGUUUGUUACUGACAUCUUUACCACCUUAGUUGAGAUCAGGUGGAGGGUGAUGUUUCUGAUCUUUGCACUGUCUUACAUCCUUUCCUGGCUUUUCUUUGGGAUCCUCUUCUUUAUCAUCGCCUUAGUUCAUGGAGAUGUCAGAGACCACAACAAUGAUCCCUGCGUAUUUGAGGUGCGCAGCUUCACAGCCAGUUUCCUCUUUUCUCUGGAAACCCAGACAACCAUUGGUUACGGCUUUAGAGGAAUGUCUGAGAACUGCAUGAUCGCCAUCAUCAUUGUCACCAUACAGGACGUCAUCAGCUGCUUCAUUGACACUUUUGUCAUUGGAAUUGUAGUGGCCAAAAUGGCCUCAGCCAGAAAGAGGGCGCAAACAGUUGGGUUCAGCAACCGUGCUGUCAUCAACCUUCGGGAUGGUUUUCUGUGUCUUUCAUGGAGGAUUGGAGACUUUCGCAGGCACCACAUGGUGGAGGGAAGCGCCUGUGCUCAGAUUCUUCGCACUACAGUGCACACAACUGGAAAAGUCGAUGUGACCUAUGAAGACCUGUCACUUCAGCAGAAGGACAUAAUCUUGAUCACACCAACCACCGUUUACCACCGGAUUGAGUCUGGAAGUCCACUGUACAAGAUGAGUUUGGAAGACCUACGAAAGGCAGACUUUGAGUUGUUGGUUUCGUUCACCUACACAGAUGACUCCACUGGCAUGCUGCAUCAGACCCGGACGUCGUACACAACAGAUGAGAUCCUCUGGGGUCACCUUUUUCAGGAGAUGAUCAGGGUCACUAACAAGCACUACAAGGUGGAUUAUAACCUGUUCAAUAACACAGCUAAAGUGCUGGUACCUCUGAAUAGCGCUGAGGAGUAUGAGAAGAGGAAAAUUGAGAAGGAGGAGCAGAAGCAGCUUCGGCUUUUAGCUCGAGCUUCUCCAAGACAUUCUCCUAGGGGCUCCCCUCGGCCAUCUUCACGAUCACCACAGCAAAGUCAUCCAGAGAAUCGCUUGAACCCGCCAAUAGUAUUGGUUGAACUAAUGGGAGACAACCAGCAAGAACCAAAUGUUCCAACAACAGAAGGUGGAAAUCAACAUACAGAAACGUUGACUGUGCCAAAAGAUUCCACAAUCGCAGAAUAAAGAAAAUAGAUCCUCGCUGCUUGAGAUUUUACCUAUACUCUCAACACCAACUGCAGACAUCAAACAUACGCAAGAAUACCAACAGCAACACUGAGAACAUCCCUGAAGCUCUAAAGAUAUUUAAUCCCUCAAGAAUAUAUACAUUUUGGUUCAGCUAACAUUCUUCAUAUUUGUUUAAUUCGGCACACCACAUGACUCUGCUUGAUCUAGAGAAUUAAGACAAUUUAGGCAUUUGGAUAAAGGACCCCUUUAAGCUACAGGUCACAAGCUCUGGAGUUUAAUAUUAGACGGAUUCUGACAACGUUUCUUGAACAAAACCAGAGCCACACUCAUGGCCACCACUGGUAAAGUUGUGAAAGAGGCCUUAAAUCAAAGCCCAGCAUAAUGUCAGUGAAAAUUCUCAGUCUUCCGAGAAGCACAGAAAAGUUUUCUAAAAAAAAACAAAAAAAAAAAACAUACUUCUGAAAUUCCAACCCAGCAACACUUAAAGACUGGUUCAUCCUUAAGACAGAACACCCAAACCAAAGCUGAGAAGCAUGGUUAAUGCGAUCUAGUGUGGACUGUACAGCCUCCUAUAUUGGAGAAACCAAAACAGCUAGAUGAACACGUGGUACAGCAAGAGGAGAGUCUGUAACUCUGGACAAGAUUCAGCAGCACAUUUGCAUCUCAAGAACAAAAGACACACCUUUGAAGAUCAAAAUGCUCCAAUUUUGGACAGAGAGGACAGAUGGUUAGAAAAAGGGGUUAAGGACAUCUUCGAUGUUCAAAGAACAUCACUGGACAGAGGAGGUGGAUUGCUGUUUCAAUUUUUAAGCAUUUACAAUCAGUCAUGGAACUCAUUCCAAAAUUUGGGAUUAUACAGUACAUAUUAUAACAUGCAGUAUCUUGCACAGAACGUUAAUCUUCCUCUACUUCCAUAAAAGAACAUUGGUGUUCUUUUAUGUUUUUUGGUGUUGUUUUGGUGAUCGUUUUAUUUAAUGUCAUACUUUUAUUUAAUGUCAUACUCUCUAAAAAAAAUAUGGAACUCAAACAAUGAUCCAAAAACUUCUAGAGGAAAAAUAGUUCCAAAACAUCACAGAUCCUCCACUAUAAUUAAUAGUAGACUUGAUGGAUUUUUUUCAUUGGGUUUUUAGCUAGUAUACCUUAAUAUAGUCUCCUCACAUUAAAGCAUUUAGGCUAUUCUGAUUGUGCUAAAAAUAAAAA